UUUAAAAUGUGACCUGGAAUGUUUUUGUGAAUCGUUCCUGAAUUGAGGAGUUGCUGAAGAAAGUGAAAGUUUUCAUGAGCACGAUGAGAGCCUUUGCCAGAGUCGUUAUGUUUGGAGCCUUUUUAAUUCUACUGUACUCCAUCACCUCCAUGAGUGGAAGUUGGAGAUCUGUGAAUCCUCCAGAGACGUCUGCAGAUCAGGAAGUCGUGAACAAGUUGGACAGAAUUGAAAAAACACUAAACCAAAUGGUAAACCUGUUGGAGGAAUCUGCCAAGAGGAGCUACGCACAUCCAGCGUUUCCAAAAGCAGUUAAAGAAAAGCCAAAGAUUACGGUUCCAAAGUUGUAUCCAAACUCCGUCCUGUUUGGGAAAUGGGGCGACGGUCUGUCAGAAAAGGAGCAGAAAGAGGCUGAAGCUCUUUUCCAGCUGUACGGAUACAACUCCUUCCUCAGCAAUCAGCUUCCACUCGACAGGAAGCUUCCAGACAUGAGAGAUCACAGAUGUCUGAGGAAUUAUCCUAGAGAUCUUCCCAGCAUCAGUGUGGUGCUGAUCUACCUGAACGAGGCUCUCUCGGUGAUUAAGAGGGCAAUACGAAGUAUCAUCACGCACACGCCACAGCAUUUGCUGAAGGAGAUCAUUCUAGUGGACGACCACAGCACGUACAAUGACCUCGGGAGGCCUCUACAAGACUACAUGACUGAGAUCCACAAAGAAAGACCAGGACUCCUGAAGAAAGUCUGGCACAAGAAACAAAUGGGUUUGUCCCAGUCCCGGAUCUCAGGGUGGGAGCACGCCACCGGCGACGUGGUGGCCAUCUUAGACGCUCACAUUGAAGCCACAGAGGGGUGGGCUGAACCCCUGCUGGCCAGGAUCAAAGCGGACCGGACCGUGGUGGUGUCCCCCGUGUUUGACAAGAUCCAUUUUGAUGAUCUGCACGUGGAAAAAUACACACCGUUCUCUCACGGCUUUGACUGGGAACUGUGGUGCACGUAUGAACCCUUCAGCCCCGACUGGCUGAAGGCAAACGACGAAUCCCAGCCUGGAAAGAGUCCGUCUGUCAUGGGGAUCUUUGCAGCCGACAGACGUUUUCUUGGAGAAAUCGGCGGACUCGACGGCGGAAUGACGAUCUACGGCGGCGAAAAUGUGGAGCUGGGCAUUCGCGUGUGGCUGUGUGGAGGAAGCGUGGAGGUAGUGCCUUGCUCAAGGAUCGCUCACAUUGAGAGGUCACAUAAGCCGUACGCACCUGACCUCACCCUGUCCAUGAGGAGAAAUGCUUUGAGGGUCGCAGAGGUUUGGAUGGAGGAAUACAAGAGAAAUGUACAGAUUGCCUGGAAUCUUCCUCCUAAGGAUCAUGGAGUUGACGUAGGCGACGUGUCGGAAAGGAAAAACCUCAGAGAGAAGCUCAGAUGUAAACCCUUCAGAUGGUACCUGGAUAACGUCUACACCAAUCUGGAAAGAUGGGAUAACAUCCUGGCAUAUGGAGUGCUGCAGAACAGUUUUUUUACAAAGUACUGUGUGGAUGAGGGAGUUUCUCCGGGGAACAUCCCUCUGCUCUACGAGUGCCACUUCCAGAAAACACAGUUCUGUGUUUACAACUCUGAUAACGAACUCAUUGUUGGAGGGAUUCGAUCCCACAAAUACAACAAAAACCGCUGUCUGGUGGAUCCCGGUUCUGGAAACCUUCCCACUCUGCACAGCUGUGAGCUGGCCAAGCAGAACAAGCUGUCCAUGCACUGGACCUUCAGCCAGGGAAAUGCCAUCCGAAACACGGCGACCAACAGAUGUCUGGAGAUCAGCCAAGGACAAAACUAUCAGUACAUGCUCAUUAUUCAGGAAUGCACGGGGCAGCGCUGGAGGAUGCAGCAUCUCAUCCAAGAGUCCAGUUCAAAUACAAACUGAUGGGUUUUUUUUUUUACAGAAUUUUUGGAAAAUAUUUACAACUCCUGUUUUAUUUAAUAAAAUCCUGCUUUUAUUAACUGAUGUUGAGUCAUCUUAAGACGCUGUUGGUGUCGGCAGACGGCUGGUUCCAAUUGCAGGAAGUUUAUCAGUAGGGCUGCAACAUUUAGUCGACUAAUCGACUUUAAAAAUAACCGGCGACUAAUUUAAUAGUCGUUACUUUAUAUUAUAUGUACUCAGAGUGUAGUAAAGUUGAAAGUUAUAAUGGUAU